AUUCUAAUAUCCAUUGGGUAAUAACUGGAUACCGGCAAGCAUGUUUGUAUUUUUCUUUAUCGACGACAUGACUUACCAAUAGUCUACAACAAUGGAUCAGGUUAAUCACGAGCACACAAUCUCUUGUACACCAAUCAUUAUCACCUCCAGUGCAACGUGACGCAGUCACCUGAGAGGAUGAGACUCUGAAAUCUGAUCGAAACAAACUGGCCUUCACGUAGCCCAAAUGCCCAAUGCCGACGAGGCGACCACCACUGAUCACCCGCGCCUACAUGGCCGCACGUCUGCACCAUUUUCUUUUCUCGCUGAUGCUCACCCUGUCACGUAUAUAAACCGUGCGGCUCCCGCCAUUUCCACACAACCGAAGCUCAAUUCAUCUUCGUCAUUCUCCGCCUCCGAGCGAUCGAUCGAGCGCCGGUCCCCAAGUAAUGGCGGCCUUCCUCCACCUCGCCGUCCUCGUGUCCCUCCUCGUCGCCGGGGCCACGGCUGACGGCUACACCAACAGUCCCCCGCCGCCACAGGCCGCGUACACCCCGCCGCCUUCCACUCCGGCGCCCUACACCCCGCCGCCCGCCCACGGGGACAAGAAGCUGGUGGUGCGGGUGGAGGGCCUGGUGUUCUGCCAGAGCUGCGCGCAACGGGGCUCGCAGCGCCUCGAAGGCGCGGCGCCGCUGCCCGGGGCGAAGGUGACGGUCACCUGCCGCGACAGUAAGAACCGCGUCAUGGCGUACCGGGCGCCCGUCGUCGACGAGAACGGCUACUUCCAAGCCGAGUUCAGCGUCGAAAGCGCCCGCUACUACUACAAGGAGGACCCCCAGAAGGCGUGCUUCGUGCGCCUGCUCUCCUCCCCGGACGCCAAGUGCAACUACGUCACCAACAUCAACCAGGGCAUGGUGGGCGCGCCGCUCCGCGACGAGGGCAAGCGGUGGACCGACGGCGAGGGCUACGAGAACGUCGUGUACACCGCCGGCCCGCUCGCGUUCAAGCCAGCGAGCUGCGUGCCCACGCGCCACUACUGAUCUCGAACGCCCGUUUACCAGAAUAGUGUGCCGCGCCAUUGAUGAGCACACGUAUGAGCUAUCGAUCCGAGAAAAGUGGUUCAUGUGUCAUUCGGAGGGUGAUUUCGAUUCUUCUCUUCUGUUUCAA